UUGUUUACGAUGACGCAUAUUAUCCGCAUAACAUCCAUCGAUAGUCUAGCUUUCGUGCUUUCUAAUCUCCUAUGUUGACUAGUUUCUUCGGUGUAUCUUGUGUGUUUGUGUGUGUGAACAUUUGAUUUUGAUCUUUUGACAUGAAGGCAUCUCGUGUUCAAAGAUGCUCGCUCGGCUUUUUCGCCAUUUUUUGUAUUCUGCUCGGCGCUGGUAUCAUUUCUUGUGGCCUUAUAUUCCAGUAUCAUGAAGAUUACGACAGUGACAUUGUAAAUGGAAUGGGUGAAGCGGGAGGCUAUGAGUAUUACUACACACAAUAUUGGCUUGGAAUACCGAUGCUAAUCCUGGGUGUGGUUAUUUUCUUAUUUUUUUGCUUGGAAGUAAAAUGCAUGCUUUACUUCUAUAUGAUAUUUGCAUCUCUGACCCUCGCUCUGGCAAUAACCAGUGUUGUACUCGAAGGUCCAAAAUGGCGAAAAUGGUUAAGCCUUCAGCAACUAGUCGAUGAUAAAAACGGCGACGACAUUAAUGGUGUAUGCCAAACAGGUUCAAGCAAGUCUAACUCAACUCGUUUAUCGUGCAAGGAGAUCCUACACGCCACCGCUAUGCAAAGUAUCGUAGUUGGUUUUUCUAUCUUGUCGAUCAUUGCGAGUCAGUUUAUCGCCUUUAUAUCAAUACACAUCUUGGCGCAAAGUUCUCAGCAAAGUUACAACAUUGACAAGAGAGGCCUUGAAAAUAAUGGAUACAAUAGUCAAGUAUCGCAAUUCAACGUAGUGACGUCAAUGUAACGUCAUAGUGACGUCAUGACGCAGGUAUUGUGAACCCAGGGAGACGUAUUUUGUAUAUCAAUAUGGAGGAUUGUCUAUAAAAGUUUUUUUACUCUUAUUUACUCGAUAAAAACUAUAUAUUUGCAACCACGAAUGUAGGGAAAGUCAAACUAAAUACAACAGCUCAAUAUUGGUGAUAUUUAUGGUUGAAAAUACUUAAAAAAGCAUUUCUAUUCGAAUAUUUUAUUCUUUACGAAAGUCACAGUCUGUAGUAUUGCUGUAAAAGUAAUUUUACUUUAACAUUGAGCUGCUGUAAUUUACCUUUUGACGAACGCUGGAUUCAUCACUUUUAAGACCAGUAUCAUUCAUCGACACGCUACAGAAAGACACAUAUCAUGUUUAUAAAAAAAACAUUUAUAUUUAUGCUAUGCUAUUAUUUAUAUGUAUAUUCAUGUCGAUCUUUAUAAAAAAUAUAUUACUGUCUGUUUUAGCAUGUGUAAAUUGAUUAAAUUUUCCCAAAUAUUAAACAUCACAACAGAUA